UUCUCCAUUCCAGUGUGAGAAGAAACAGUGAAUAGUAAAUACUGUCAUAUGUAACAGCUAAGUGAACAACGGAUCUGAACCUGGAGAAAGGGGGUAUUGAAGUGUCCACAUUCUGAAGAUACAAAGUUGGUCAAAAGCCAGUGUACGAAGUCAGCCUUUUUUAAUUUGUUAUUAUGAUUUGUGGAUGAGGAUGAAAGCUGUGGGGAAAAAAAAAGGGAAAAAAAGUGGAUAAGUGCACAUUUGCAAUGUCUGUCAUAAUUAGUAUUAUAAUCUGCUGUCUGUGGAGUGUCUUUUCAAGUCAGCUCUCUUGCAUGUGCUUUCGGAUCAUUUAAUUAGCAGACUGUACCUGUGCAUAUGAGAAGUGAAUCUUUGUUUGAUUUUUAUCAAUAUUGCCACCAGUUAAGCAGAUAAUCUUCAUCUUUCCAUUCAGGUCCAAAAGGAGUGCUGUUCUGAAGGCAAGUUUGUGAAACAGAGCAGGAAUCCAUCAGUAGUCAGCUCCAUGAAUUCAACGAGGUCAAUGAACGUGACCCUAUUAAACAUUAAAAAAAAAUGUGUAAGAAUUUGUCUGUAUCUUUCUGGAAUUCCUAUUGGAUGCUGCCCUCUGAUGUUUGUGGAGUGAACUGCUUUUGGGAAGCUGCUUUUAGAUACGAUCAUAUGAAAACACAGCCUUCUGAGACAAUGCAUCUCGCAGUGGUUGCCUGUGGUGAAAGACUGGAAGAAACUGUUACUAUGUUGAGGUCAGCCAUUAUCUUCAGCAUCAAACCUCUCCAGUUUCAUAUUUUUGCUGAGGAUCAAUUACAUAAGAGCUUCAAAGACAGACUUGAUGACUUCCCAUAUGAAGGAAAAAUUAAUUACACAUUAUAUCCAAUAACAUUUCCAUCGGAGGGUGCGAAAGAAUGGAAGAAGUUGUUUAAACCAUGUGCUUCACAAAGGCUAUUCUUGCCAUUAAUCCUCAAAGAUGUGGAUUCGCUGUUGUAUGUUGAUACUGACAUACUGUUUCUGAGACCCGUUGAUGAUAUUUGGUCUUUUCUGAGAAAGUUCAACUCCACACAAAUUGCUGCAAUGGCACCAGAACAUGAAGAGCCUCGUAUCGGGUGGUAUAAUCGCUUUGCUCGACAUCCCUACUAUGGAGUGACUGGGAUAAACUCCGGAGUUAUGUUAAUGAAUAUGACACGUAUCAGAAGAAAGUAUUUCAAGAAUGAUAUGACAACAGUGCGGUUACGGUGGGGAGAAAUUCUUAUGCCUCUGCUGAAGAAGUACAAGUUAAACAUAACGUGGGGUGAUCAAGAUCUGUUGAACAUUAUGUUUUUUCACAACCCAGAAAGUCUGUAUAUCUUUCCUUGCCAAUGGAAUUAUCGGCCUGACCACUGCAUUUAUGGAAGCAAUUGUAAGGAAGCUGAAGAUGAAGGUAUAUUUAUUCUUCAUGGAAACAGAGGUGUCUACCAUGAUGAUAAACAACCAACUUUCAGGGCCAUGUAUGAAGCAAUAAAAAAUUAUUCAUUUGGAGAUGAUCUGGUUCAUUCACUGUUGCAGCCCCUAGAACUGGAACUACAGAAAACAGUGCAUACAUACUGUGGGAGAGUGUACAAAGUGUUCAUAAAGCAGCUAAAAAAAAGCAUAAGAGACUUGUCUGUCAGAAGAUCAAAGGGAAGUUGAUUCAAACUGCAAGCUCUUAAAUCAAGAGACUGAGUUAAUGCACUGGUCAAAAAGUGCAACAACAUGGCUUGAAUUGGCUCUUAAUGCGCCCAGAUAAAAGUUUACUAGCGUCCAUAAAAAUGAAGAAAAUAUUCACGUAAUGAAGAACAGGAACUCUUUUUUUCCUGCAAAGGUGACUUUUUGCUCUUUUGAAGGUUAAUCACUGCUACUGUUGGAUCUGAUGAUUUAGGUGCUACUGAUUUCUAUGGUCAGUAGGUUUAGUCUACGUAAUUCAGUUAUUUCUAAUGACAAAACAAGGGAGAAAUGAAGAUGGCUCUAUUUGGAAGUGUACCUCGUUGUCUAAAAUUCUUUUAAACUGUGAAUUUAGCAAUAACUGAGUCAGCAGCACUAACCUCACUUUAAAGGUGUGACCACAAAGUUGUUUACAAGUGCAGAAAAUACUCUGUUUUCAAAGAAAUACGAUAUAAUCAUUGACAAUCUGUAUGUGCCUUUAUAUAUUCAUCUCUUAUACAUAUUGGGUUACUGUUUUGACAAUCUUGUGCUUACCUUAGGUGUAAACUGCACACUGUAAAUGUAAUUUUCUUAUAAAUGAUUAGCUCAUAUGAGAUACUAGUUUUCUGUCUGUAGGUAGCGAGACUUUUUUAAAAUACCAGCAUUUGUUGCAGUGAUGCUGAGCCCUCUUGCCCAAAUGAUGUAGCAGAGUUGAGGGGUUCUGUAUUUUUGCAACAAUUCAAUAUGAAGAUAUUUUUCAUAGAAUACUUUAAAAAAAAAAAUGUUUUGCAGCUUUAUAAGGUGUUUUGGAAGUAGAAAAAAAUGGUAAAUGGUGGAAAGCUGGCUCUGUAUUUUCUUACUAAGAAUCGUUACAUGAUGAUUAUUACGGAGUAUUUAGAACUUAAAAUUGAAGAGCUGUAGUAAAAGUUCUGAUGUUUCAUCAGACUGUAUAUUAGAUGUUUUAAAAUAGUUUUGGGCCAGACCCUUGACUGCAUGAUUAUAUUAAUAUUGAUAGAGUGUUAGUGAUUUACAACAGUUAAGGAUUAAGCUUUCUGUAGGUAUCUUGGUGGAAAAAAGAAAUAAUGUUCUGUUUAUGUAAGGCAUUUUUUUAAAAAACAGAAAAACAUGGGAAAAAAAAAGGCUGACUAAUAAUGUGGCAGUAAAAUUUUAUUUAAACGUGCAUGGAAUUAAACGUAUUUUUAAGUAUACUUGAAUUGAACUCUAAAUAACCCGAGAUGAAGCCUUUAUAAAGUGAGUUUUCAGAUUCCAGAAAAGCUCCUGUGUGAUGAACCUUGGAGGAUCCACUUGCUGACUUGUGCCUUCAUCCUGACUCCAUUUUAGAAGCUUAAUUUUUGUGGCUCUUUCUUUGACAAAGGCAGACUGGCUUGGAAUCUCAGAUCCACGUAAGCUUUAGCAGUACAGAAGCACACUCCAUUGUAAGCAGAGUUUGUGUUCUGCACCUACCCUCCCUGCUGGCUCAGGGUGUAAAUCUGUGGAAUGCUAAAUAGAAAGUCUGCUUCACAUGUAAUUUGUUUGUUUUCCUUGCUGUAUGUAACCUUUUGAAGUCUGAGAAUCUGGAAAUCUCUGCGAAGGUGAAUACUGUUAUUGACUGAUUUAACAGUAUGCAGUGCAUUAUUUUUUUACAUAAAUACAAAUUUUAUAUCAAUUUGUCAUCGGUUUUUUUUUUUUUUUUUUUACUUAUACUGUCUGUGUUUACAAAUUCUUUCCCUUGGCUUAUUUCUUUUCUGCUUGUCUUGAGAAACUUUCAGUUUGGAAUUGAUUUUUAGUGUGGUGUAUGCAUGCAAGGGCACUAUUUGAAACCCAGUGAACCAUUUUGGAAAAUAAAUAUAACGUGAACGUGA